CUCUAUUGUAUAGAUGUAAAUCAAAAGCCGCGUUUACCAAGUGACAAUUUACUUUUUGGCUCAUUGAAAAUAGCCCAUUUGUGUUUUAAGUUAUUUUAACAAUCUGAGUAAUAGUUUGUUUAGUUUGAAAAAGGCUUAGGUACAGCGAAACAAAUAUGUCUGAAGAGAAUAAUGAGGACGAUUCGUGGUUGUACGGUAGUUCGAAUGAAAAUCAAGAGAACCAAGAAGAACAACCACAAAUUGAUGAAAAAAUAAUAACAGAAGAUCAAUCUGCGUUGGCAUUUUCAAAUGAUACAACACAAGAUCAAGAUGAUAGUAGAAAUGAAGAAUAUCAGGAUGAUGCAAACGAAUAUAAUAGUCAGGAAAAUAGCUUUAUAGCUGAAAAUGCAGUUGAUACUGAAAAGGUGAACGGUAAUUCAGAUGUGAAUGGUUCGGUUUCACAAAAGAAUGAAAACGACGACGACGAUAGCGAUGAUGACGAAGAUGAUAUUGUAGUUACAAUUGGUGAUAUUACGCCUUCUUCAACUUUCAAUAUAAAACAACGUAGUGGGAAUUUAUUGGUACCAACAUCGACCGCCGGUCAAGACAAGCCAAAAACCAAUUUGGGUAAAUUCAGUAUCGAAGAAUUUGAAAGUGUGGGUACCAUAAGUGGCCAGUCAGCCGUGGAAUAUAAUCUCGAGGCUAUUGAGGAUAAACCAUGGCGAAAGCCUGGUGCAGACAUCACAGAUUAUUUUAAUUAUGGUUUUAGUGAAGAAACUUGGCGAGCAUAUUGUGAACGACAAAAACGUAUGCGACACGAAAGCGGCGCUGGUCUAUCUGGAUUGGGACCAAAUCCUACUCAAACUACACCAAUCAACAAUAAUCCAAAUCGUACGUUAACUUCGCUGACAACAUCUGAUAAUAGUAAAUAUUCGGUACCAGGAACAACAAACUCACAUAGCGGGCCACCAAACUUUACAAAUCGAGGAUUCAACGCAACGCCAGCACUCGCAAAGGAGAAUGUAAUCCAAGUAAUGACAGCCGAAAGACGUGAAUACAGUCGACCGAAGGGUAAAUUUGAUGUAUCCAUGUCAAUGCCACCUCCGCCAUUCAAUAUGGGCAAUGAACAAUUUUAUCCCGAUGACACUUAUAGCUAUGGUUAUGAACCGACUCAAGAACAACAAUGGAACAACGAUAAUGUUGGCGUUGGGUGGAUGCCAUCAGGAAUCAAGGAACUUACACCUGGUCCACAACAAAUGAUGCCCCCACCGCCAAUGAACAUGAACAUGCCACCACCAAAUGCUAUGAUGCCGCCAAAUAUGAUGAAUGUUCCACAAAUGGUGCCACCACCACAACAUAACAUGAGUAUAGGAAUUGGUCCAAUGCCUCCAAUGAUGCCACCGCCAGUAAUUAACAACACUACAAUUCCACCAAAUCGCGGUAACGAAGAUCAUCGCAAUAAUCAGCCAAUGGAUAAGCGAAACGAUUCAGCCCCACCUUCGGCAUGGCGUAGAGAUAAAGAACGUGAUUAUCGCGAUAGAGAGCGAGAAGAAGAAUCAACAUCAGAUCGAGAGAGACGACGUGAAAGAGAACGAUAUCGUUCGGACAGAGAUCGGGGCGGCUCAUCACGAAGGGAUCGAUCACGGAGUAGAGAACGUUCUUCUCGUCGACGUUCCAAAUCAAGAAGUCGCGAGCGUGAACGAAAAUCGCGUGACAAAAAGAAAUCACACAAGAAAGACAAAGAUGAUUCGGAGUAAUGGAAUUAUAUGUUGCUGCGAGUAAAGGUACUGCGGAGAAAGAAAAUCGAAUUCAUUAAUAAAAGAAGCAAAGCAAAAUAAAACAGAAUUAAUCAAAA